AGAGCUUGAACUAGAGUAACAAUGCUGUAAAGAACGGUAACGGCCCUUUGGGACAACCAUUGCAACAUGACCCAAGACAGAGAACCUGUUGUGGAAAGUUUCCAUUUUGUUCACAUCCUGGCCUUAAUAGUCGGCACGGUGGUCCAGGUCUCUGAUGAACGUGAGUCUACUGUAGACUUCUCAAACAGGAACCUUACUCACAUCCCAAAAGACCUGCCACCAAGAACAAAAGCCUUAAAUCUCUCUCAGAACUCUAUACGGGAGCUUCAAGUGUCCGAUAUCAGCUCCCUGUCAGAGCUGAGGGCUCUGAGACUCUCCUACAACAGAAUACAGAGACUUGAUUUCGGUGUGUUCAAGUUCAAUCGGAAUUUAGAAUACCUGGAUGUCUCGCACAAUCAGCUGCGAAACAUCUCUUGCUGCCCGAUGGUGAGCUUGAGGCACCUAGACCUCUCAUUCAACGACUUUGACGAGCUGCCUGUGCAUAAGGAAUUUGGUAACUUGACGCAGCUGAGUUUCUUAGGAUUAAGCGCUACAAAGUUCCGAGAACUGGAUCUGCUCCCGGUUGCUCACUUGCACCUAAAGUACAUUCUUCUGGAUUUAGUGGGUUAUCAUAUAAAAGAUGGCGAGACAGAAAGUCUCCAGGUUCCAAAUACCAGUGUCCUCCAUCUGGUCUUUGAUCCGAAUAGUUUGUUCUCUGUGCAAGUGAACAUAUCUGUAAAUACUUUAGAGUGUUUGCAUCUGAGUAACAUAAAACUAAACAAUGAAAACUGUCAAGGGUUAGUUACAUUUUUAUUAGAGCUCACGAGAGGCCCAACCUUAUUGAAUUUGACUCUCAGUCACAUAGAAACCAACUGGAAGUGCUUGGUUACACUUUUCCAGUUUCUUUGGCCCCGACCGGUGGAGUAUCUCAACAUUGACACCUUAAAGAUAGUUGAAAGCAUCAACUCGGAAAAGUUUACUUACGUGGAGACAGUACUAAAGGGUUUGAAGAUAGAGCAUGUUGCGAACCAAGUGUUCAUCUUUUCAAAGGAGGCGUUGUACUCCCUGUUUGCAGGCAUGAACAUCAGGAUGCUGACAAUCUCAGACACACCUUUCAUCCACAUGAUGUGCCCUCGGUUUCCAAGCACAUUUAUGUUUCUGAACUUUACGCAGAACGUUUUCACAGACAGUGUUUUUCAAGGCUGCUCCACAUUAAAGAGACUGGAGACGCUUAUCUUACAAAGGAACGGCUUGAAGAACUUCUUUAAGGUAGGACUUAUGACGAGGAAUAUGUCCUCCCUGGAAACGUUGGAUGUUAGCUUGAAUUCCUUGGACUCUCAUGCCUACGAAGGAGCAUGCGCUUGGGCUGAGAGCAUAUCAGUGUUGAAUUUGUCUUCGAAUGUACUUACGGACUCUGUUUUCAGGUGCUUGCCUCCCAAGGUCAAAGUCCUUGACCUUCACAACAACAAAAUAAAGGCCAUCCCUAAAGAACUCACCCACAUGGAAGCUUUGCAGGAACUCAACGUAGCAUUCAACUCUUUAGCUGACCUUCCCGGGUGCGGGGCCUUCAGCAGCCUUUCUGUGCUGGUCGUUGACCAUAAUUCAGUUUCCCACCCCUCCGAGGAGUUCUUCCAGAGCUGUCAGAAUAUUAGGUCCAUAGCAGCGGGCGACAACCCAUUCCGAUGUACAUGUGAGCUGAGAGAGUUUGUCAAAAACAUAAGCCAGCUGUCAAGAGACGCGGUGGCAGGCUGGCCUGACUCUUACACGUGUGACUACCCAGAAAGCACUAAGGGAACCCCAUUGAAGGACUUCCACCUCUCUCCACUGUCCUGUGAUGCUGUUCUGCUGACUGUCACCAUCGGGGCCAGCGUGCUGGUGUUGGCUGCCACCGUGGCUUUCCUCUGCCUCUACUUUGAUCUGCCCUGGUAUCUCAGGAUGCUUUGUCAGUGGACACAGACCCGGCACAGGGCCAGGAACAUCCCCUUAGAGGAACUCCAGAGAAACCUGCAGUUCCAUGCUUUUGUCUCAUACAGUGAGCAUGAUUCUGCCUGGGUGAAGAAUGAGUUACUUCCAAACCUAGAGAAGGAUGGCAUCCGGGUCUGCCUCCACGAGAGACACUUUGUCCCUGGCAAGAGCAUUGUGGAGAACAUCAUACAUUUCAUUGAGAAGAGUUACAAGUCCAUCUUUGUGUUGUCCCCCCACUUCAUCCAGAGUGAGUGGUGCCAUUAUGAGCUCUACUUUGCCCAUCACAAUCUCUUCCACGAGGGGUCUGAUAACUUGAUCCUGAUCUUGCUGGAACCCAUCCCACAGGACAACAUUCCCAGUAGGUACCACAAGCUGCGGGCUCUCAUGGCACAGAGGACUUAUUUGGAAUGGCCUACAGAGAAGAGCAAACAUGGACUGUUUUGGGCCAACCUUAGAGCUUCUUUUAUUACCAAGUUAGCAGUGGUCAAUGAAGACGAUGUGAAAACCUGAAGCUUGGAUUUCCAACUUAAUAAAGUGUUAACUUGGGUUCUGAUGAGCAUUGUGGAUUUAAGUUCCUAUCUGGAGGUGCUUUGGUUGUGGCGCCUUAGUUUGGUCUCCAUGACUAUAAUAAACAACAUGAUCAAAAGCAACUUGUGGAAGAAAGGGCUUCUUUUGGCUUAUAGUUACGGUCUGCUGGGAAGGGAAGUCAGGGCAGCAAAUCAAAACAGGAAUCUGGAGGCAGGAAGGGAGGCAGAGGUAGUGGAAGAAUGCUGUUUUCAGCCUUGCUCUCCAUGUCCUGUUCAAUGUGUUGUCUUAUAGCACUGAGGACCACCCCUGCCCAGGAACGGCACCACCCGCAGUGAGCUGGGCCUCCCUCAUCAAUGUUAAUCAAGAAAACGCCCCAACAAGUUUGCCUACAGGCCAAUCUGAUUGAGACAUUUUUCUUAAUUGAAGAUCUUUCUUCCCAAACGUGACCCUAACAUGUGUCUGGUUGAUGAAAAUCAAACUAACCCAUAUAGUUCAGAGCUAAAAUGUCCUCAAAUGCUUGUGCUUGAAGGCCUUGAGGGAAAAUAUGACUGUGCUGUUUAGAAGUUGUUUAUGAAGGUGCUAAGUUCACUAAUGGCAUUUUCCACUGCUGAGUUCUCAGCUUAAUAGACAGUGAGGAUGGGACCCUAAUUGUAGGAAGCAAGCCGUUGGCAGGAUGCCUUU